CGUUAGAAAGCAGGAAAUGCAACCACAAUGGAGCCGUGUUUGUCAUUGUCUUUUCACUCCAUGUCAUGGUGAAGGAGUCAGCAGUAAACGUUUUUGUCAACUACUACGCCGACGACUCUUUGCUUCAUUUUGAGUGGAGUUUAACUUGAUGUUUAGUUUGCGGUUGUUACACGCUUACGAGAACAUUACAGUGGGUCAAAACCAACCAAAGAGCAUACCUGAUGUAGCUGAUCCACAGACAUAACAGGAGGGAAAUCCUAUAACAUUAUAUAUAAACUAGACCCAAAACAUUUGCAGAAUCUGAUUGGUCUGCGUGAGUAGGCACAGUUCCAAAGCAGUUGCCAAGGGAGGAAGGUUUACAUAUAAGUUGCAAAUGUGUACCUACUUUCAUUUGCAGAGAUACGCGUGGGAGAUCUUGGCAAGAAUAGGUUUGGCAUCCUGGUUCUGUGGUUAUGAAGGUCAGCACGUUAUAGACGUUUCAGUUGAUGAGCAGACAUCCGCAGGUUGACUUAAGUUAACACCAAAUAUAAAAUCUAGUGUGAAUUACAAUUAUUACAUAACAUUACAUUACGUGGCAUUUAGCAGACACUCUUAUCCAGAGCGACGUACAACAAAGUGCAUAUCAAUCACAAGAACAAGUGCAAAAGUAGACCUGAGAGGACAGUACAGUUCCGAGUCCUAGUGUAAACAUACAGAAUUAUGAGUGGCAUGGAGAUUAACAAAGCCAGUAAUGCACCGGAUGACAAAGGAGUUGGAGAUGGACCAGCAGGCAAACGUGGACCAAUGACCAUCGCAGUGUCUGAAAUAUUGCUGAUUAACAUGGAGAAGCCAGGAGUGGCGUUUCCCUUCAUAAAGGCCUUGGUGAACGUGAAUGACCAUUUCCACAAGCUUCACCCGGACAGUGAGUUUCCAUUCUACAUUGCACUGAUGACUAAGAACCAGGCUCAGGAGCAACACAUAAGAAACCACCUCAACAAGUUAGGCUUAAGUCAGGUUUCAAUCCAUCAGGAUGACUACAGCAGCAAACCUGAACCGAAAGUACUCUACCUCUCCGAAGACCCUGACAAAGCAGAGGAAGCCAUUGAAACAGGGCAUGCAGCUGCCAUCAUGUUCCCUAAUGACAAGGAUAACAAAGGGGAUGGAGAGGGAAAGCUACGCGUGGCCUUCGAUGGAGAUGGAGUCCUGUUCUCUGAUGAGUCCGAGAUUGUUUUUAAGAAGAAAGGGCUGGACGCCUACUUAAAAAAUGAGGAUGAUUCAGAGGACAUCCCCCUUGGAGAGGGUCCCCUGAAGUGCUUUUUGGAGGCUCUUGUUAACAUGGAGAAAAAAUUGCACGCCAAACAUCCGAAUGAAAACUUCCCUGUGCAGACCUUCCUGGUGACAUCACGCGACCCAGUCAUUUCUGGGACCAGGGUCCUGAAGACCCUGAAGAGCUGGGGUCUGGAGCUCACUCAGGCGUUCUUCUUAUCCGGGAGGCCUAAGGGGCCCCCACUGAGUAUGAUCCAGCCACACAUCUUCUUUGAUGACCAGAAGCCACACAUCGAUGGGGCUCUUAAGCUGGGGAUCAUCUCUGCCCACGUGCCUUAUGGGAUAGGAUAUGAGACCUACAAGGAUGACUGCGAGAAGUGAUAAACCAUGGGAACCAUGGGAAAGUUAGAAUGAGAAACUGAUGUAUUAUUCAUAUUUUUAUUUUGAUCUCAGUUCACUCAUGAUAUAUAUAUAGUCAAUGGUUUGUUUAAAGUGCU